AUGAGUGUAGCCAACAGUUACACGAGUGUAGACAACAGUUACAGUUAUGAGAGUGUAGCCAGCAGUUACAGUUACGAGAGUGUAGCCAGCAGCCACAGUUACAGCCACGUGAGUGUAGCCAACAGUUACGAGAGUGUAGCCAGUGUAGCCAACAGUGUAGCCAGCAGUUACAGUUACGCGAGUGUAGCCAACAGUUACACGAGUGUAGCCAACAGUUACGCGUGUGUAGCCAACAGUUACGUGAGUGUAGCCAACAGUUACGCGAGUGUAGCCAACAGUUACGUGAGUGUAGUCAACAGUUACGCAUCUGUAGCCAACAGUUACGUGUGUGCAGCCAACAGUUACAGUGUAGACAACAGUUACGCGUGUGUAGCCAACAGUUACGUGAGUGUAGUCAACAGUUACGCAUGUGUAGCUAACAGUUACGUGUGUGCAGCCAACAGUUACGCGAGUGUAGCCAACAGUUACGCAUGUGUAGCCAACAGUUACGUGUGUGUAGCCAACAGUUACACGAGUGUAGCCAACAGUUACGCGAGUGUAGCCAACAGUUACGCGAGUGUAGCCAACAGUUACAGUUACGCGAGUGUAGCCAACAGUUACGUGAGUGUAGCCAACAGUUACAGUUACGCGAGUGUAGCCAACAGUUACAGUUACGCGAGUGUAGCCAACAGUUAUGCGUGUGUAGCCAACAGUUACAGUUACGCGAGUGUAGCCAACAGUUACAUGAGUGUAGCCAACAGUUACGCGAGUGUAGCCAACAGUUACAGUUACGAGAGUGUAGCCAGCAGUUACAGUUACAGCGAGUGUAGCCAACAGUUACAGAACUGCCCUAUUGGCACAACAGGGGAACGAAUCAUUGUUGACCAUUUUGCAGCAGCAUCCUCACUGUUUGGACUGACAAUCACACGAGGAAACCUGGAGUUCCUGGUCCAAGCAGACUCAACAGUUGCAGCCAACCAUUGCCAUCAAUGGAGUACCAGGGCAGCACCAAAACAUCUCCCAGACCAGUUCUUCAUCAAGGAAGUUUCGGAUCAGGCUAUUCUGCACCCAGCAGCCCAUGUCACUCACGCAAGCAGCAAGGUCACUGACUACAAGGUCACAGCCUGCAAGGUCACAGCCUGCAAGGUCAAAGACUGCAAGUUCAAAGACUGCAAGGACCCACAGCUCGAUGAGGAAGGAAACUGGAGAGGACUCUUCUCCCCUCAUGUUGCCCAUAUCACAAGUGUGGUGUGCGCCGCUGGAGACACUGACAUCAGCUCGGUGAUGAAGGAAACUGGAGAGAAACUUGCUGGAGAGGACUCUUCUCCCCUCAUGUUCCCCAUAUCACAAGUGGUGUGCGACACUGGAGACACUGACAUCAGCUCAUCUGGAGAGAAACUCACUGGAGAGGACUCUUCUCCCUUCAUGAUGAAGUGA